AUGCCAAAACAAAAUCCAUAUUUAAUAGAAAAUAAAAAACCUUUUGAAACAGUUCAAGAAUUAAAAAAUGAAGUUCCUAGUUUUGAGGAGUUUAUGAAAACUUAUGAGAGUGAUGAGGGAAUAAUUAACAGUUAUAAUUUUGAAGUAGAUGGUUAUAAAGAUAUUGGAGUGGGAAAAAGGUCUGGACCUAUGCCUUUUGGGAGUGAUUCAUCGAUAGUUGCCAGUUCUCAUUCGAUAAUGAAUGAAAGUGCUUUUAGUGCAUAUCGAGGACAAAAUGCUUUUAGAGAUGAAAGACCAGCUUAUGAUACUUUUAAGGCCUCAUUUCGUGGUAGUCCAGAGGUAAAAUUGUUGGUACUUGACCUUUAUGAGUUGAGACGACUUGAGGAGAAGUGUGAACGAGUUGGAAUAGAGGAAGCAAAAAAUAACUACAAAGAAGAUUUAGAAAAACGAGUUGCUACAAGAAAUCUUAAAGAUUGCAAAAGUGACCCAGAAACAACUCCUAAACUGAUAGAGCAAGAGUUAAAAAGAUUAGAAAAUAUUAGCGAGGAAGAGUUUAAUAAAACUGAUAAUAAAGAAAUUGAUAAUAUUUUUGGUUUAGAAAAUGGGAAACUACCCAAAGAGGAAAAACCAAUUGAAAAAGACAACAAUACCGAAAAUGAAGAAUUAAAAAACAACCGAAAUCUAACUAGUUCAGAACGACAAGAAAGAUUACAAAAAAAUCAGCAAAAAUUAGAGGAAUUAAACUCUUAUUAUAGUGCUGGUUCUCAUUCGAGUUCGCAACCAAAUAAUUCUAAUGAUAAAUUUCCUACUGGUUGA